AUGAAUCCCACAUCUUCCACGCUUACACAACCCCAGGUGAAGAUUAAAACAAAAGGUCGUUCAAAAGUUGACACAUCUACUCGACAUUUGCCUUCUGCUUUUGAGGUUGUCUUAUUUGGUCAAGAUAGUGCACACUCGACUGACAAUGUUGUUACAAGACCGCCACGUAAGAAGUCAAAGACCAUACCCCAAAAGCGAUCAGUAUGCAAUAGUCAAACACAACCAUUGCCAUAUGUGAAUUCAAAGAAGUCACCUUCGAAGCUACUUGUAAAUGACUCUUGCUUAACACCAGAGUUUAACAAGUGGUUUCCUAAACAUAUGUUGAUACAUAUUAGAGGGGCACAAGAUGCUAAGAGAAAUGGUAAUUGUGGUUUUAGAGCCAUUGGAUCAUUGAUGGGGUUUGGUGACAAUGCUUGGGGCAAAGUUUAUUUGGAAGGUCAACACCCUAUGCCACCAGUUGAUGGGCAUUGGUUGAGAUGUGCAACCAUAACUGCAUCAGAUUGGCUUAUGCCAUAUCAGGAUCCUAUACGUCAUUUUAGAUAUGAAGCUGGUGUAGCAGACCCUUAUGAUAAUGACCCUAUAUUUAUUGAGUAG